CCCUAGUCUUGGGGAUUGUUGUUUGUUUGUUUUCGUUAUUUUUAUACGGGAUGGGAGGGGUCGGCAAGACGAACCUCCUCACCCAAAUCCAUAACAAAUUCCAACAUACUGAUUUCGAUCUUGCAAUCUGGAUAGUAGUCUCCAAGGACCUCAGACUCGGAGCAAUUCAAGAUAGAAUUGGAGAAAAGAUUGGUUUUCCAAAAGACACAUGGAAGCUUAAAGAUCCAGAUGCAAAAUUCGAAUCAAUUUCACGCUUCUUGGCAAAAAAAAAGUUUGUGUUAUUGUUGGAUGAUCUAUGGGAGCGGGUUGAUAUAACCAAAAUCGGAGUUCCAUUUCCUGAUCGACACAAUAAGUCCAAGCUAGUCUUCACAACUCGUUCUGAGGAUGUGUGCGGUAUUAUGGAUGCUCAACAGAAGAUUUAUGUGGAGUGUUUGCCAUGGGACAAAGCGUGGAACUUGUUUCAGGAGAAGGUUGGCAAAGACGCACUUCUUAUUCAUGCAGAUAUUCCUAAACUUGCUGAAUCUGUCGCAAAAGAGUGUGGUGGUUUGCCGCUUGCACUAAUUACAGUUGGUCGGAUGAUGUCUUGCAAGAAGACACCCCAAGAAUAGAAUCAUGCGAUCAAAGUAUUGAAGAAAUUUAGCUUCGAGUGUUCAGGUAUGGGAGACCUGGUGUUCCCUCUCUUGAAAUUCAGUUACGAUAAUUUACCUAGUGAGAAAGUCAGACCAUGCUUCUUGUACUGUGCUUUAUUUCCUGAAGACUAUCCCAUACCUAAAGAUGAUUUAGCAUGCUUUUGGAUGUGUGAAAAUAUGUUAGAUGAACAUACUGAUCUAGAAGAAGCACGAGAUGAGAGCUACCAUAUCAUAGGUACUCUUCUCAAUGCAUGUAUGCUAGAAGACAGUAAAGAAGGUUGUGCAAAAAUGCAUGAUGUUGUUCGUGACAUGGCAUUGUGGUUGGCUUGUGAUCCUAAGAAAGCAGAAGAGAGUUUUCUUGUGCGUGCAGGCGCUGAUUUGAUUGAAGCACCAAUUGCCGAAAAAUGGAAGAACUCGAAAAGGGUAUCAUUGAUGGCUAACCACAUCAAAGAAUUGGUUGAAAAACCAAACUCUCCAUAUCUGUUGACUUUGUUUCUCAGGAGUAAUCAUCUGAAAAUGAUUAUUACAGGCUUCUUUGACUCUAUGUCUAAUGUGCUGGUUUUAGAUCUGUCUCGCAAUAUGGAUCUAACCCAACUGCCAGUAGGAGUUUCAAGCUGGGUUUCACUACAACAUCUCAAUUUGUCACACACUGGUAUAAGAGAGUUGCCGAUUGAGUUAAAGUGCUUAAAGAGGCUGACAUAUUUGAAUUUUGAGUAUACAAUGAAACUUGAUUCUCUUCCACCAACCAUACUAUCAAGUUUUUCGAUGCAAAAAGUUCUGAGAAUGGUAAAUUCUGGUACUUCUGAUGAUCGAAAUCAUUUUGAUGAUGAAAAAGCGAUGGUAGAGGAAUUGCAUGGUUUGAAACACCUGGACUACUUGACUCUGGACAUUAGAAGUACCUCUUGUUUCCAAAACUUCGUCAGCAACAAAUUAGUGAAGUGCUGCACUCGAGCUCUACACCUCAUGGGUUAUGACUUGUGA